GUUUUCACGAUGGAUAAACUCAAAACGAAACAACAAAAAAUGGUCGAAGAAGCCGAGAAGUUGGCCAGGGAGACGGCUAGAAAGCAAGCGCAACUGAGACGUAUUGAAAAGGAACGACUGCUUCGAAGGACUGUUUUUGAAACCAUUUGUGAAUUGUCGGAAACAGUCAGCGAAGAGAUUUUACUUCAAAAGGUUUUUAUAUAUAAAUUUCAGUUGAAUAACCUUGAUGUGAACAGCUGGUGGGAGAUGGUCGAAGAACGUUUCUUGGAUCAUUUAUGUGGAUUUCCACUUUGCUCGAACAAAGUGGUCAUGAAGCAGUUGAGUUUGUAUCGGAUCGAUCGCAAAAACAAGAAGGUUGUAUUUAUAUUCUUGCUAAAUUCCUCAAAUGAUUAUUUGGAUGGUUACGUGUGCGUUUCAUUGCAGAUCUUCGAACGGUGUACGGAAACGCAGAAAUUUUGUGGUGAGAAAUGUUUUCGACGAUCGGCAUAUGUCAUUUCGCAGUUGGCCGACGAACCUUUGUGGAUUCGUGGCAGUCACUGCGGUAGAUAUUUGAAUUUUGCACUCAUCUUUUCGGUCUUCUUCAUGAUAAGUCUCAACCCUCCUCCAACGCAGAAACCUGUUGAACAAACCGUUGCAAAGCAACCAAUAAACGUGGAAUUCGUUAGGGAACGAUCGGUCGUAAUGAAGUUGUCCGAUCUUCACAUCGGUGAAUCAGCUGAAACGGAUGACGAGAAGAGCGAAGAAGACGAGGACAUUUACAGCGGUUUACAGUCAAAAGAUAAUGAAGAGCGAAUGUGGGAGUUAAGUAAGCAGAUGCGAUCGUGUGCAGUUGGUUCACAGAAAGCAUCCCAAGCUCCUGAACCCUCGAAGAAUGUCAGUGCGAACUCAGAACGUAAAUUGGAUAAUCAUGAGGAAGGUGUUUGUACUCGGAUUGUAUCAUCGGAUAAGAAAAACGACGACGAAUCUCAUGAUAAGAUUCCCGAUUCCAACAAAAAGACAUCUCCUCAAUCAAAUACGUCCACAAAGCAGCAACCAAAGGAAGAAGCGAUGUUGAGCUUUGAAGAGAAGAUGGCAAAAUUGAAAGCCAGGUGUUCAGCAAUCAAGCAAAAACAACGAACACCGAAAAUAGUCGAAGCGAAACCAUUGGAUAUGCUCAGAUAUGCAAAAUUGGCCGAAAAAGCAUUCGAGGAGUUCGAAAAAAUUGCAAAAAAAUUUUGGGAAUUGAACGUUUUGAACGUUUUCAGACAAUGGGUUGGCAAAGCAACACUAUUGUAUUUGCAAAAACGUGGAACAUUGACUAUAUUCGAUGAUGAGGCACUGACUGAGGUGGAGGCGAUCUUUAUGCAGUUCUGUGCGGGUGAUCGCAAAUUGCCUGGGAAGGGACGAGAUGGCGAAGGGGAUGUGAUUCUCCCUAGGGUGCACAAGUAUGAUCAAGCUUUGGCUAGAAGAGAUGUUCUUUAUGAGUCGCUUCUGCCAAGUUGGCAUUCGUUUGAGCGCGAUAUCGAAGUGGAAGACUGUGCACAUCGAGCAUAUCCACUCAUUUCGACAUUCACGCUGAGUGCGGAUAAUGUGAAUCUGGAUAAAUGUGAAGCGAGACUCGCGGUUGCUUUUAUUUUCCGCCUUUUGGCUCAUUGCGAUACGGAUUUGCUGGAUGUGUAUUUUCCAACGAACAAAUGUGUGAAUUCGAGUUUUGCGAAAUAUUUGGAGAAUAUUGAAUGUCCUAUGAGCGUAUUCAAUCGAAUGAUCAAAGAUGUUAUGGAUCGAAUCGCGUCCUUGUCGUCUGAUCAAGAGCAGGAGCAUAGUGAUGUUCAUUAA